GAAAGAAACAGUUGCUGCAAACACUCCCUAUUACAAGAAUGCGAUUAGAUGCUUUUUAUUGUCUGGUUUAACAAUCCGUCAUGCGUAAUAUUUCAUAAAGAGGAGUAGCUUCGUACAUGGACAAAAGAAAAAAAUGUACAAAUUAUAUGGAUGUUGAUUUAUGUAUUCUAGACUCGCAAUGGACUUCUUUCAGUUGAACCAGGUGUUAUAAUGUGGACUUCUAACUAAUAAGGAAAAAAAACAACAACAACAAGAAAAAACGAUAAUUAUAAGACAUUAUUUACAUAAUUUGUGUAUAAGGAAGGAAAAUAUUCAAUGAUUUAUUAGCUUCUGGCUGAAUUAGUUUCGCAUCAGUUUCACGAGUACCGUUUUGGAAAACAUCACGUGCAUUAAAGACAAUUCAGGAAGAUGGUGAUGGAUCUGCAGUCUGUGCUCCUCAUCCUUUUAUUCGGACCCGGAAAUUUGAUUCUGUGUAACGAUGUGCAGUAUUGUCCGGAAGGAAAGUUCCAGCCGGUAGAGGGCGGCCCUUGCAAGGAGUGUUCUCGUUGUCCCGAGAACCAGAUAGUGCGCGAGACUUGUUGGCAACAGAGAGACACCGUGUGUGGCACUUUUACAGAUUUUCAACUAUUUCAUCGCGAAAAUGACUUGGAUAUUUUACAUGUUGACAGCGAAGCAAAUAAUUUGAACAAGGAGAGGGACGCUUACGCGACAAGUUCUUGGCAGACUGCCAGCAUAGCGAUGAUAGUGCUAUUGUCGGUCACUACAGUGAUUUGCGCUGUAUUAAUUGGAACCGUCUGCUACAGAUGCCGUCGUGAUAGCAAGGAUGGCCUGAUGAUUUACGUUGACAAAGAUUCUGCGGAAUCACCUUCUCCCGGAUGCAGCGAUGCAGUGUCACGGUGUUCUGCGAGCACCGAUGACAUCAUCAAAGCAUCUCCGAAGCAAGAGCACAGACUACGGUCAAACAGCAAUGUAAACGAAAGCAGAAAUGAAAAACACCCCAGACGUAACCACAAGAUUCAACAAUUCGAAAUAACAGAAAAGAAACCUAAUACAUGAGGACUCUGGAAUGAUUCUGUUCGACACCAUGUAGAGAUCAUACCUAUGUGGAGACUCUUUUUAAGCGCAUCUGUGAUUUACGUGUUAUUUCUUUGAUGUAAAUCUUGUGUAUUCCGGAAAUAAGGUUUGCGCAUGCUUGGGUUACCGGAUACAGUAAAAAUGCCCCGUGUUGACUUGAAGCUCUAGGGGAAAGCCAAAUCCAGCAUAUAGCAGCCACACUGGGGAUUCCGGAAGAAGAACUUGGUUUAUAGCAUGCUUAACAAGUUAUUAACAAGUUA